AUAAGAAGUUUGCAGGGGUAUAUGCAGACAUCUAUUGUUCCUAACCCCUCCCAAAGCGAAUACAGAAAACAGAGAGAAGAGUCAAGAGGCGAGCAAUGGCGACGUCACUGGUCCGAUCUUUUUUUCUUCGAACCGCCCUACGAGGCGGCGCUCGUGGCUCCCACGUUCCAAAGCGCAACUUUGCCUCCUCCGCUCACCACGACGAUGCAUAUGAGACGGCCAAAUGGGAGAAAAUUACGUAUUUAGGCAUUGCUUCAUGCACUAUUUUAGCCAUUUAUAAUCUAUCAAAGGGCCACCCGCACCAUGAAGAACCUCCUGCAUACCCAUAUUUGCAUAUCCGCAACAAGGAAUUCCCAUGGGGACCUGAUGGGCUAUUUGAAACGAAGGACCACUAGGAGUACUAGUGGUUAAAAGGAGAUAUUUGUGGCACUGAAGGCCAUUCCUUUUGUCGAAGUUUAAGAAAUAGUGAUGAUUAUUGCAAUUUCGAAUUGUUUAUCGAAAUGUGAUCUAGAACUUUCGCUUGGCAACGGUGAUUUGUCAUGGUUUUAUCUUGUGUUCGUUCCCAUGUCUGAAACAAAAUAAAAAAGUCAAACAAAAUGAUGCUUGGUUUUAUGACACUUC